GCGGGCAAGUCGAACGAGCAUCUGCGAAUCGAAUCCGCGGUGCAACCCCCGCCAACCUCGAAUCCUCACCCGGCGUCGCGUUGUGCGCCUGGCCGAGAUUUCAGCCAUCCUCGACAAUGCCAGCGUCGGAUGCAAGCGGUGGCGUCCGUCGAAAACGGCUGCGCAGACGGCGGCAAGACAAGCCCCCGCUCUCGGCUCGCCUGUUGCUUGACGACCAUGUCAAGACCGACGUCGGCGUCGUGUCCGAGGACUUGUUCGCAGAGUUGUUUCCGCACUUGCACGACGCCCCCGACGACGACCAGCCGAGCCCCGCCCACAUCGCGAUCGCCCCUUCGACGCCGUCUCACUCGCCCGAGUCGACGGAUUGGGCAAUAGUCUCCGUUACGCCGUCGCCCGCGCUCGCCCCGUCCACCAUACAGUUCUCUCCCUCGUCACUAGCCCUCCAGACCUUCGCCCUGAACCUGAAGCGCGUCGCGCCCUCGCAGUUGACAUCUCGGAGCAGAAGUGGCAUUGACGUCUUGGUUCUGGAUGUUGUCGCCAUCGAGCUGGACACUGUUUUUGUCAGCCUCGAAGGGGAGCUGGCCAAGCGAUUGGAAAAUGGGGAGGGCAACUUCUUCCGGGAACAUCCUCCUGGAGGAGGUAGGGGCAAGGCCGCCCAGGCAGCCUCGACCCCGGAAGGCCGCUUGACGGCCGCCCUGCGCACCGCCCUCAGCACUCUCAAGGUUGUCCACACUGGCGACCUGUUUCCGCUGCCUCUGGCGCCACAUCCCGUCACCCACGUUCCGCCGAAUCCCGGCAGGAUCAUGCUCUGCGAGCCUGUCGCCCAGGGCAUCCUGGGGCCAAACACCAAGAUCGUCGUGUCCCGGGGCCGCAUCCAUUCCAAGCACAGCGCGUCACCAGCAACGAUCCCCCAGAGCCGCGGAUCGAGCGCCGCCGCGGCCGAGGAUGACGAAGACACGUCCAACGACCAAUUCUUCUCUGCUGCCGAGGAAGGCAUCCGGACCGACACGACGACUGAGGAAACGGAUGCUACUACCGCAACCGAGUCCGAAUUCGAGGAGCCGGACUUGGAAGAGGAUGCGCUGUCGGACGACUCGAUUGACGAUAUCAUCUCCCUCCAAGCACCGACACUACCCUCGACGCUCACGAGCGGGAUAGGCACGCCGACGACCAUCGGCCGAGGACGCAAGACCAACGUCAUGAGCGGUGCGGCUUCUGUGUUUUCAAGUUUCACCGCAACAACGGCCAGGCCAGAUCGGCCGCGCGGGCGCUUGUUCAAGGCCCAGGGACUCAUGCAGCCGGUUCCCCCAGAGGUUCUACAUCCAAAGCCGGCGCCCGUCGACGACGAGGAGGCCCGUAUAUACGUCGACACCAAGGACCUGAGCCGGAUCGGCUGCUUUUCUGGGGACUGGGUCCGGGUAGAAGCGUCCCCAGUGCCGCCUGCAAACGGUUUCGGCCCUUUCGGUCUCGGGAGCUUUGUCGAGCAAGAUCCGGACGAGCUGAAUUGGAGGCCCGCCAGAGUCUAUGGCCUUCCGGAAGGGUACUCCAGCCGGCCUGUGGCCAGGGUAGCGAGCUCCAAGCACGAUGGGCGGAGGAUGUCGUUCUUUGAGUCUCAAGUCCAGAGGUCCUCGAGCCCGACAGUUUACCUCUCCCCGGUCAUGCUUGCGAACCUCGACAGCCCGCCAUACCUGCGUCUGUCGCCCAUCAGGCGAGGAACGCACCCAAGGGGGAAGCCUUCGGCAUCUUCGGUCUCUCUUCACCCUCCCUUUGCUCGCGAGGUCAUCCUGCAACACGUCAGGACCCCAGUUCCUGUUGAGAGGGACGUGCAGACUGCAGUGAUGGCCGGUUUGAAGUUCUACUUUGAGAGGCGGCUGCGUGUCGUGAAGACGGGCGAUCUGAUCGCGGUUCCAAUCGACACUCAACUCGGCCGUGCGUUACAAGAAACCACUGCCAGUGGAGACGAAUCAGCAGUCGACGACGUUCUCGGCAUGAUCGCCAACGGGCGUCCGGGUCGGACCCCACAGUACGACGAAGUUGCUUGGUUCAAGGUCAGCCACGUCCAAUCGAUGAAGCAAGAUGCAGCGGCCGAAGAGGACGAAGCAGAAGAAGAUCCGUGGGGAUCUGUCGCUUGCGUAGACAUCUCCAUGGCGCACCUGGAGCAGACCGGCUCCGUGACAAGCCGUGUCCCCGGCACGACGUCCAAUAGCUGGCCGUAUUACCUAGGGAUCAAGAAGCUACCGAAACAAGCAAAAGGCACUCCAAGCCGGUUGAUGGCGGAACCAGAGCGGCAAUACAUCUCGCCAUUAAGAAGGAGAUUGCGAGAGCUCAUGGCGGCCGCGACCAGCAAACCUGCCCUGCACCUGAAGAUGCCGCCCGUGGCGAUCCUUCUUGUAUCGACGCAGCGGAGCAUCGGCAAAGCCACUACGGCGACACAGGCCUGCAUGGACAUCGGUCUCCACACCUUCACCGUGGAUGCCUACGACAUCGUGAACGACUCCGGCGCGGGCGGGAGCGACGUCAAGACGGCCGGUUUCCUGACCUCGCGCGCCGAGCGCGCCAUGAGCUGCGGCCCAGACUGCUGUGCUCUCCUCAUCCGCCACAUCGAAGCUCUGACGGCCGACAGGAUGGUCUCCACACUCAAGGAGAUUCUGGCCGAGGCUAGAGUGCUGAUUGCUACCACAACAGAGGUGGAGAAGGUGCCCGACGGGAUACGAGCCCUGUUCACGCACGAGCUCGAGAUGAGCGCGCCGGACGAGGGCGAGCGCGAGGGCAUUCUCCGGUCCAUCCUGGACGACCGCGGUGUCGGUCUGGAUCCUGAGGUCGAUCUCGGCAGCAUCGCGCUUAAGACGGCCGCGCUCGUGGCGGGAGACCUCGUUGACGUCGUCGACCGUGCGCUCGUGGCGCAGCGGUCCCGUCUGGAGCAGCUGUCGGCGAAGGCCACGAAGGAAGACCGUGUCGUGACCGUAAGGGAUGUCCAGGUGGCCGGCGGCCCAGAGGCGUCGGGCCUCACGAAGCAGGACUUUGAAGUUGCCGUCGAGGCCGCCCGCAAGAACUUCGCCGACGCUAUCGGCGCGCCCAAGAUCCCCAACGUCACCUGGGACGAUGUCGGAGGGCUAAAUUACGUGAAGGAAGCAGUGAAGGAGACCAUCCAGCUGCCGCUCGAACGGCCCGAGCUGUUCGCCAAGGGCAUGAAGAAGCGCUCCGGCAUCCUGUUCUACGGGCCUCCGGGAACCGGCAAGACGCUGCUCGCCAAGGCCAUCGCGACCGAGUACAGCCUGAAUUUCUUCAGCGUCAAGGGCCCCGAGCUGCUGAAUAUGUACAUCGGCGAGUCCGAGGCGAACGUGCGGCGCGUGUUCCAGCGCGCGCGCGACGCGCGGCCCUGCGUCGUCUUCUUCGACGAGCUCGACUCAGUCGCGCCGAAGCGCGGCAACCAGGGCGACAGCGGCGGCGUCAUGGAUCGCAUUGUCUCGCAGCUGCUGGCGGAGCUGGACGGCAUGUCGGGCGGCGAAGACACGGCCGGCGGCGUGUUCGUCAUCGGCGCCACCAACCGGCCGGAUCUCCUCGACCCGGCGCUGCUGCGGCCCGGCCGCUUCGACAAGAUGCUCUACCUGGGCGUGUCGGAUACGCAUGACAAGCAGCUCAAGAUCCUCGAGGCGCUGACACGGAAAUUCGCCCUCGACCCCUCCGUCUCCCUCCGCGCCAUCGCCGAGCGCCUCCCCUUCACCUACACCGGCGCCGACUUGUACGCGCUCUGCUCCGACGCCAUGCUCAAGGCGGUCACGCGCCAGGCGCAGCGCGUCGACGCCCGGGUGCGCGCCCUCAACGCCAACGCCGCCGACCAACCGCAGCACGGGCGCGCCCCCAUCUCGACGGCCGCCUUCUUCGACCACUACGCCACGCCCGCCGACCUCGCCGUCACCGUCACCGAGCAGGACUUCGCCGACGCCCAGCGCGAGCUGGUCCCCAGCGUCAGCGCCGGCGAGCUGGCGCACUACGAGCGCGUCCGCGCCGUGUUUGAGGGGGGGCAGCGACGCGGGCAGGGGGACGGGGAGGAAAAGGAAAAGGAGGAGGAGAUGGCCUUCGCGGGUGCCCCCCCACCGCCGCCACAGGCGGCGAGGUUGGGACUGGCCGCCGGGCGGAGGUCCGCCUCGGGUGCGUCGGCGCGCAGCGUCAGCGGGAAGGGGAAGGGCAAGGCACCGGUGGGCGGCACCAGUAGCGGCGGCGGUGGGAGAGGGAAAGGGAAGGCCGUGGCGUUGGAAGGAUUUGAUGACGACGAUAGCGGGGAUGAUUCUGAGUCUGGACGGCUGGGCGGCAGUGUCCGGGAUAAGGGGAAGGGCAAGGAGGUGGCGCCCCCGAUUGCUGCGGCGGCUGCUCCGUUUGGUGAUGGGACGGGGAGCGGCGAUGAGGGGUUGUAUGACUAGCUGAGGCAUGUUGGAUGCGCAAGAUGUGGUGGUCGUAUAUCAGUAUAGAAAGAUUAGUUGGGGUGCGUUGGCUGCUGCUGUAUUUGCGGGGCGUGGAAGCUGGCUGUAUUGGAUGACUGAAGCAUUGUUGAACCCCUGGGCCGGCAUAGCGUUAAGGAGCAUGACAAACCUAUAAGCAGGCCUCAUCGUCUGUCUACCCGGUUAAUCAAGAAUGCGUGCAUUGCAACUAGACAGAACGUCAAACCAUUGAUGCUGUCGACACAACACAACACGGCACGGCACAGC